UGCAGCAGCCACUUCUCUCCAGAGCUGGAACUCACUCACAUCAGCAUCCUCUCUGCAGGUUUAGUUUCGCCGCUCGGAGACGCGCCAGGAUGUUCUACUUUCACUGUCCGCCACAGCUGGACGGAGAGUGCUGUCGCACCAAUACAUUGAAUUCAAGCAGCUUUGGUAACCACGCCCCGGCUGAUUUUGAUGAUGGAUUUUUGCGUAGAAAACAGCGCAGAAACAGAACUACUUUCACUUUGCAACAGUUGGAGGCUUUGGAGGCCGUGUUCUCACAGACUCACUACCCGGACGUGUUCACCCGGGAGGAGCUGGCCAUGAAGAUCAACCUGACGGAGGCCAGGGUGCAGGUUUGGUUUCAGAACCGCAGAGCAAAGUGGAGGAAGACAGAGCGAGGGAGCGCAGACCCUGAAGGAGGAAAAGAGCAGAUGAGUGACGGCACUCCUCCAUCUCGCAUCAACUCUCAGUCCCCUGUGGACCACGGCAGAAAGCAGAAAGACCCGCUGGAGAUGCAGCAGAGUAUGAACAGGACAGUGGGUCCAAGUGGUCCGUUCUUCCCAUCUUGUAUACCAGGCACACUCCUGAACUCUGCCACCUACGCCCAGGCCCUCUCACAGGUCGCCACACUGAAAGGUAAUGGCUUAUGCUCCUGCUGUGUCUCUGACCCCAUGGGCUUGUCCUUCCUGCCGCCCUACGGUUGUCAGGGAAACCGCACAGCCAGUGUAGCCGCCCUGCGAAUGAAGGCCCGCGAGCACUCGGAGGCUGUGCUGCAGUCUGCCAACCUGCUCAGUGCGGCGAACGGGGGGCCCGGGGCCGGCAUGGGGGUCCUGUCUGGAGUCGGCAUGGGCUCAGCUGGGCUGGCGAGGCCCACAGUGGGUCCCCCCAUCGAGGUGCCCGUCGCUCUGGGGAGAGGGGGGGAAGGCUCCAGUCCCAGCCCGGCCACCAAGGUCCUGUCCCUGGGCAGCAGUCCGGACAAACACCCUCACUGCUCCAAGGAACCACUGGAAAAAAAGUGA